AUGACGGGACGAGUGUCACUGGUGGAACAGAAGAGACUGCAGUGGGCCAAAGAGAGAGAGGAAAUGGCAAGGUUGAGUGCUCACUGGGAAUCCACGAAAAAUUCAACACCCGCUCGCACAACUAUUCGCACACGACUCUCAUCACGGGAGUCAGGAGUCACCCGCAAGCCGCUGCGAGCGAGUGGUCACUAUGGCAGUACAGCGAGCCUCCGUGCAUUAGAGACAGGUUCAACGAGCCUUCAAAGUUUAGACUUUUCAACUGGCGGGAGUAUGAUCAAUAUUCUCGAGCGCGCCGAAUUACAGGGGCCACUGCGAAAGAGAAGUCCCAGCCUACCCCCGAUCUACACGAAGGAGCCCCAGCCCCAUCACCCAGUGUAUUCCACUCAGGGUCAAAAUAAGAAUCAGAUUAAGGAUCACAGGGAUAAGGAUAAAGAUCACAAGGGUCAGAUUAAGGGUCAUGAGAGUCCAAAUAAGGGUAACAAGGGUCAGGUUAAGGGCUACACGAUUAAAACUCACAAAGGCUUAGAAGUGGAGGGUUCACGCUACGCGAAUUAUCCCCGUCAGAAGCAUCCCCCGGUUGAGUCAGAGCGGAACCCUCUGCAGGGUAGUACGUACGAGGAGCGAGAGGGCGAGACGUCCGGAUACGCGAGUGACUCGAUUGAACCACCCCGGGGCUGCCACAUGACUGAUGGCAAGAGAUUACUACCGCUCGAUAAAUCCCUGGUGGAUAACCAGGCGUCCGGGAGACUCUGGCCAAAUCCUUACAGCGAGACGUCAGAUGGAUCUCUGCCGUCGUCGAGGCGCUUCUCGACGACACGUCUCAACGAACUCAAUCGACCGAGAUGGGAGAGCGUCUGGAAUCGGGAUAAUCAUCAUCCCGAUCCACCACCCCCGUCUUGGCUCGAACGGGGACUGUCACGAAUGGACCAUUCGAGUCAGAAGCAUCCCCCGGUUGAGUCAGAGCGGAACCCUCUGCAGGGUAGUACGUACGAGGAGCGAGAGGGCGAGACGUCCGGAUACGCGAGUGACUCGAUUGAACCACCCCGGGGCUGCCACAUGACUGAUGGCAAGAGAUUACUACCGCUCGAUAAAUCCCUGGUGGAUAACCAGGCGUCCGGGAGACUCUGGCCAAAUCCUUACAGCGAGACGUCAGAUGGAUCUCUGCCGUCGUCGAGGCGCUUCUCGACGACACGUCUCAACGAACUCAAUCGACCGAGAUGGGAGAGCGUCUGGAAUCGGGAUAAUCAUCAUCCCGAUCCACCACCCCCGUCUUGGCUCGAACGGGGACUGUCACGAAUGGACCAUUCGAGUCAGAUUCUGGUAAUAAAUCACGAUAGCGCAAGCAGCCCAGACAGCUCAACGACAGGCUCCACAGGGUCUGACUCAAAGACGUACCUCCGAGGUCAAAACAUACCCGUCGAUGCGCACAUACUCCAAGAGCGCGAGGCAAAAAGGCAGAAGGCAUUAGAGCUCCAGAAUGCAAUAAAACAGCAGUUGGAGGAGAAGGACAGAAAGCGUCGAGAGGAACGAGAGCAAAAAUUACGGGAGGAGCGCGAAGAGGAGGAGCGAAUAAAGCGAGAGAGGAACAAAGAGAAGGAGAGAUUCGAGGAGGAACAGAGACGCCUGAAGGACAAAGAAGACGCUAAACUGAAGAAAGAAGUGGCCAUGCGGGAGAUCCUCGAGACUGCCGAGAGAAUAGCCAGAGAGGAGAAGCGUCAGAAACGUCAACGGGACGAUAGCAGUGACGUUGGACGGUUCAAUGCCCCUGAAACUAGAGAAACUAUAAAUACAAAUGAACUUUCAACAUCAAACCAACAAAUAGCGCAAUCCGAGACCAAUGUCUGCGUGGAGAACCCCUCGGGGGAAUCGGCUAACGAAGAAAAGGCGGCGGAGAAGAGCGAGAAAAUUGGUGAAGAGAUUAAGGAGAGUCACCUUCGCCUGCCAGUGAACAAGGAAGUGGCCAUUGUGCUGACUGGGCGGCUCGAGGACUCGGAGUUUCUGAGUGGCUCGAACCUCCAACUGCUCAAUCUCAUCGUCAAUUCAACUCCGCGGGAGACGAACCACUCCGGAGGGCUUAAAGCGGGCAUUAGCGCCAUCGUGAAGACUCUGGGAAGUCCCAAGUUGGAGAAGAGCGAGAUGGGCACCAUGUGCUCACCGAGGUUCAGGGAGAACAGGCUGUUGACCCCUAGCAAGUAUAGGGGACUCUCGGGGAGGGAUUUUGGGACGCAGACGGACGGGGAGAACGAGGGGGAGGGCGAGGGGAAGGACGGAUGCAAGGAGAGGAAGGAAGUUCUUAACAGCAGGAGAGAUAUUGACAAGUCAACCAAUACCGGCUCAACCGACGAUAAAAACUCUCGAUCGAAGUCACAACCGCGAGCUAGUAUUGACGCCCGACCCCGGUGGAACGCCAAUAGGCCCGGAACGCGCUACCGCACGCAAAGCGAGAAGGAUCCCCAUUAUCAGAGGCGAUUGAGGUUGAGGAGGCGUCGCGUUGAGUCGAGUGACGAACGAUCGAGAUCGCCCUCCCCAAACCGUCGAAAGUCCACGAAUCAAAAAUCAAAGCCCCGCAAUUCCACCCGAAGAAAGGUAAAAUUAGAGCAUUACGAUGCGGAUCUUUCAAUGGACAGUUUAAACUCAGUCGUGCCCCUCCGAAUAACCGAGCACGGAAGAAUCCAACUUAUGGAUGAUAAAGUUGUAACGAGUGCCGGUGACUCUCGAAACGAAGACGACAAACUGGAACCGACGAGAAAAUUGGAUCUGUGGUGCGGCGAGCAGAUACUCUCCCAACUGACUGCCCUCAGAAAUGGUCUGUUAUUCAAGCAACAGGAGUGGGACACGGAGCGAUGCUUAGUAUCUCCGAACACUGACUAUUAUUAA